AUGAAAAUCCUUAUGAACAAGUUAUUGCUAUUUUUCAUAGUUCCGGUUCAACCUCAUUUCCUAAAUUAGUUCCUCUCUCCAAUCGUUAUUUUUUAAGUGCAAUCGAAUCAACUCAUACUCAUGAGAUUAUUUUAUCAACCCCUCCAUUAUUUCAUACUUAUGGAUUCAUUCGUGCAUUAAAAUAUAUUUUAGGUCCUGGUUCGACAUACGCAUUUCCAAUUGUUGCAGGUUCAAUUCCUUUAGCCAAUGAAGUUUUACAUAGUUUAAAACAAUCUAAAGCUAAAAUUCUUUACACUUUACCUGCUACCAUUGAACAAAUUUAUCAAAAUUAUCCGGAUGAAAUUAAAUCAUUAUUAAAUUUAAAAGCCAUAUAUUAUGGUGGUGCAGCAUUGUUACCUCAAGUAGGCGAACAACUUGUUCAGUCUGGCGUCAAAAUUCGAAAUUCUUAUGGUGCGACCGAAAUAG